AUGGGUCGUUCAAGAUCUCGAUCACCUCGUAAUAGUAGAGAACGCGACCGAAGUCGUGAAAGGGACCGAGAUAGAGAUCGAGACAGGAGUAGAGAAAGAGAACGUAAACAUAAAAAGGAAAAGAAGAGGAGGCACCGAGCUGAUUCAUCUGAAGUGUCUGACGCAGAAGGAGGAAAGCUUGGCAGUUUGUUGAAAGAGAAAAAAAGAAAUAGAAGUAAAAGCCGAGAAAAGGAGAGAAAAAAGAAUGAAGGAAUCAUCAUCCCGAAGGAUGUUCAAAAAGAGCUGAGUGGCAAUUUUGACUCAUCCACUCUCAGUGAAACGGCUAGAAAGUAUUUAGAAGAUCGAAUUGCUGAACAGGUAUUAUCCCGUGUUGAUAAACUAGAAGCGGCUAUGACUGAGCGCAUCGGGAAGGCUAGAAUUGAAGUUGAGCAAAGAUUGCGAGUUCAAAUUGAAGCCGAGAUGGCUGAAGAAAUUCAAUCUACUCGUCGACGAGAGGAAGAAUCCCGUCGCCGGUGUGAAGCUCUCGAGGAGCAGCUGAAGCAGAAAAUCAGGGACGCUGAAGAAAGUGAAAAGAAAUAUGAUUUCUGCAUACCCACUGCUCACGUAAUCGAAUUUCGGCGAGGUGAGCUUUUGGAAGAGCACAGGUUUGAUAAUGAAAAAGAUUUUUAUCUUGUUCAUCCAAAAAUGGAAGUAGCCAACUUAGGUUACGGUUUGAAUGAGGAAAAGUUGGCCAUGUUAGCCCAAAGAAGUCAAUUGGAAAGAGAACGACAGGAGUUGCAGAAAGAAAGAGAAGCUUUAAACAAAACGGAACAACAGACAAUACUCAAUAAAGGCGGCGUGAGGGCUCCGAUAAAGAUGAAGUUCGGAGUGAAAUAA